AUGAGAUUCUCCACCGUCUUUGCAUUGUGCGCAGCAACGAGUGCGGCGGCACUAUCCAUCCAGCGCCAUGAAGGACAGGCGCCGUUGAGUGUUCAACCAGCAUCCGACACCGUACUUGGCGGCGAAGCUGACAGCGAGCUCUGCCUGAUUGAGGAAGAAGGCGGCUCGAGAAGAUGGGUCAAGGAGUCUGAGAAGUGGGAGCUGCGGAGGCAAGGCAUCAACUUCUUCGACGUAACCUAUACCCCCGACCUCGGCUCCACCGUCUCUACCAACAGCAUUAAGACCGUCAAAUACCCCUCUAAGCCCGCCUACAAUGAAACCAUCAAGCCAAUGCUCGAGCACCUCUCCAAGAAGCACAUGCACGACCACCUCAAGACCUUCACCGCCUUCCACACGCGCUAUUACAAGUCCGACUACGGGGCACAAUCCUCGGCCUGGCUCCUCAAACAAGUCAACAGCACACUAGCGGACGCCGGCGCCCUCUCCCACGGCGCGCACGUCAAAGCCUUCUCGCACCCCUGGGGCCAAAGCAGCAUCAUCGCGACGCUACCGGGCAAAAGCAACAAGACCGUCGUCAUCGGCGCGCACCAAGACAGCAUAAACUUAUUCCUGCCCUCCAUCCUCGCGGCUCCCGGCGCCGACGACGACGGCUCCGGCACGGUGACGAUCCUCGAGGCGCUGCGCGUGCUGCUGACGUCCCCGGCCAUCGUGAACGGCAGCGCGGAAAACACGCUCGAGUUCCAUUUCUACAGCGCGGAAGAAGGGGGACUGCUCGGUAGCCAAGCCAUCUUCCACUCAUACGAGAAGGCGCGGCGAGACGUCAAGGCGAUGCUGCAGCAGGACAUGACGGGCUACAUCCAGAAGACGCUCGAUGCCGGCGAGCCGGAAUCUGUGGGCGUGAUCACGGAUUUCGUGGACGCUGGACUGACGGAGUUCAUCAAGACGGUGAUUACCGAGUACUGCGACAUUCCGUACGUGCUGACGAAGUGCGGCUACGCGUGCUCGGAUCACGCGAGUGCGUCCAAGGCGGGGUAUCCGAGCGCGUUCGUGAUUGAGAGCGAUUUCAAGUUUUCGGACAACAAAAUACAUACAACGGAGGAUAAGAUGGAGUAUUUGAACUUUGGGCAUAUGCUGCAGCAUGCGAGGCUCACCCUGGCGUUCGGGUACGAGCUUGCUUUUGCGCAGUUUGAGUAG